AUGAAAUUUGGCAGUGCCAUUUUUCUGCUUGUCGUCAUCCAGCCUUUUUUCUCAGCGGCUGCGCCGCACCACGAUUUGCGAAUUAACAACCUGCACAAAAGACAGGGAUCUACAUCUAAGGAUGCAACGAUUUCCCCACUCCCUGGUCGCCACUCAGACUCAGAAAAAUUGGGCAGCGAUGAAGGAAAACGUACAAAGGGUUCACCUGACCUUAAAGGCGGAGUGACAUCCCCCGGUGCCGUAGGUGCGGAUCUCACGAAUGCCCUCCCUCGUCCUAAUGCUUUGGGAGGUAAUGGUGCAUGGGAGCCAGGCGGCAAGAAACCGAACAAUACUGCAUCCACCGGUGCCGUAGGUGCAGAUCUCACGGAUACUUUCCCUCACGGUUCACCUGCUUUGGGAGGUGAUGGUGCAUGGCGGCCAGAUGACAAUAACCUCAACAAUCCCGGAGGGACUACGGACGACGCCACUGGAGGGGACCAAAACGGGACACCAGGAGGACCUACGGACGAUACAAACCAAGGCGGCGGAGAUGCUCUGAAUAAAACAUCCAGCGCAAGUCUUCAGUUGUUGCAAAAAAUAUUGAACCACACCCUGUCUACUUUACCUGGACUCGAGAAACUAUCAGAUCAGGUCGAGAAAAUGAUGGCAGGACAGCUAGAAGAUGCUAUGGAAAAGGCACAAGACACCCCAGAUUCCCCGGGUAGUCGAACAGAUGUACAACAAGGUAUCCAAGGUUCCUUCAAUGCCACAGCAAACAAGACUGUGAGCAUAACAGCUCCAGUCGAAAUGAACGGGACCGAUUCUCAAGGGAAAGCAUGUGAAACUUAUGGAUACGUCACUUUAUCUGCCACCACGUUGACGACGCUCUCUGGGCUCUUCCAGAGCUUGGUUAAGCUGGAAAAGACAGUCAGCAAAGAUGGAAGUAAAAAAUCACUGACCAUCCUCCAACAAGCUCGAGCACAAGUGUCCUUCACGAUGUUUUCGGUAAUCAAGUUGACUGCCCAACCAGCCGUGACAAACUGUCAUGUUCCACCCUCUCAAACAACCUUCAGCACUCAGAUUCAAGCCAACGUGUCCAUGUGUGCAGAAAUGCUCACCAAAGUUGAACGUGACCUAAAAUCAGGCAAAACGGCCGCUUCCAAAUCUACUAAUGUUGGUAUUGACGCAAGCUUAGGCGCCAACGCGACGUUGAGCACGAAGACUGGUGAUAUAGGCAGUUCCCCAGGGGAAUUAGCCGGAGGGGGAUCUGGCGGUGCUGAUAAAGAUGCAGGUGCUUCGGGAGACAAUAUCAGUCUGCUUGGGGAUAAGACUAAGAGUCCAGAUGGAUUUCCUCCAUCCUCCAAUAACACAACGGAUUCCACUCCAAACCCUACGAAGGUAUCUCCAGAUUCAGCUUCGCCGGAAGCUGCUACUAGCCUUCGUGGUGGUGACUUGGGAGGUUCCUCACCGAACACUGAUGAAUCUACGAAGGCCGAUGCAUCAUCUGGUGGUGGGUCUGACUCUGACGGAUCAAGUUCGUCCGAGGUAGAUCAAUUUGCAGAAGUGAAGGCAAGCUUUGCAGCUGCGGUUCAAGUCACGACUGGACUGGUGACCUCGAAACCCUCCCAAGGAAAGCAGGGGAUCCACAUUGGUGCAUCAGUAGAUGCCCAAGUCAACGUCAAUAUCAAGUCUCGAGUCUCAGUCAGAAGUUCGGUCAUUGACAAUUUCUUGGAUAGCGUCAAUGGCGGUAGUGGUGGUCAAGAGCACGAUUCAUUGCAAAACCCCAAGAUCCAGCAACAGGAUGGAAUGGGAAUUCUCCAAGAUAUCGCAGGAAGCGCAUUCGGAAGCCUCUUCUCCAGCUUUUCGGGUUCCUCUGAUGGAGGAAGCUUUUUUCAUUCAUUUUUUGAUGGCAGUGCUAGCAGUGGUUCAUCCGGCACUGGCUCCGGUGAAGGUAGCGGAACCGGUGGUACCGGGUCUAACGGGGGAAGUGCCGAUAGUCCCGACUCAACUGGCUCAAGUUCAUAUCCCGGAAGUUCAAGCACAUCAGGCCCGGGUUCUACAGAGGGAACUACCGACAGUCCGGCCGAUUCAACCGGGUCAAGUUCCUAUCCCGGAAGCACAGGCAAAAACGGCACGAUGGUCGAUGCUGAUGGUAGUGGACCUGGCAGCUCCGGAGGGGGUGACGGGGGUUCCGGCUUGGGGGGAACUGGUAGUGGCCCUUCGGCCGAUACUGGGGGUGUCACCGGAUCUGGUCUUGGGGGAGGUAGCAGUGGCUCUGCGGGCGAUCCUGGGGGCAGUGGCGGCGGUUCCGGUUUGGGGGGAAUUGGUGGUGGCUCCGGUUCCGGCUUGGGGGGAAUGGGUGGUGGCUCCGGUCCCGGAUCUUCCGGCGGCAUGUCUGGAGGGGGUGGGGGUGACGGAUGUGCAUGCAAGACCGACUCAUCCACUCAUCUGCGUAUCCGAAGCCUUGAGGAUCAGCUUUCUCAUGUUCAUAGAAUCAUGCACAAGAGAGGGCUUACCGAACUGUAA